CACAGUUGGAAUACCAAUGUAAUCCCGACGAUAGUAUUAAUGUGUUCAAUCUACCAGACGACAGUUACCUAUUUGCCAUGCAAGUCGUCACGAACGGAAAUGACAUACUAUGUACAGUGCAAGACGAUAAUGCGACAACUGUGACGUUAACAGGAUGUUCAAAGAGUGAAGAAAUCAUUAUAACGUACGGGCCAUACAGUGAAAUAGCUGCGUAUAAAUUACAUGGUGGUAAAUCUGUGAUAGUAAAAUUCGUGUGUCUGGAGAUUGCCGAGCAAGGAGUUAUCCAUACAGUCAACAGUUCUUAUUCAGCACAGCUGACUAUAGACCAACAAAUUAGUAUUGACCCUUCAUACAGCGUGACGUCACAACUAAGUGCGACUUCAACAACUGUUGGAAGUGAAAUAAUUUGGACAAUACUCUUUCCAGAAAACUACAUCUUAGAAGUGAGCAGCUGUACAGCGUAUCCGGGCACCGAUGAUUCAUCCGAGAAUUAUGUCAAUUUGAUCUCUAAUGGCGGAUGUUCUGUCGUCACGGAUAUCAUAAGUAACUUUAACAGUUAUAGUAAUGGAACUGCCACGGCCACAUUUCAAGCCUUCAAAUUUUACAACUAUGAGAGUGUAUUCUUUGAAUGUAGUGUGAAAAUAUGUCCAUCUGGAAUAAAUCCAACAGCUUGUAUGGUACGUACAGUUUUAUGA